UAUUAUCUACCUGUGGAGCUCAGGUGAGCACAGCCCGGCUUCACGAUGAUCAAGUCCCGCAGUUUGUCCUCUGAAGGCUCGCUGCCUCCGCCGGACAGCGAUGAGCUGGACUCGGUCUGCUCCGAUGAGCUGAUGGGCUCCCAGUCCCGCCGCUGGCUGGCGGACCUGCUGGCCGCCGACAUGCCCUCGGAGAGCGGGGAGGUGGGCGCGGUGGGCCGGGACGGGCUGUGCGUGGACUACCACUUCCCCGUGGGAGACCUGGAGAUGCAGGCUGGAGUCAAGUGGAAGCGCCCGAAGGAACUCUGUCCUUCACCAAAGUUCAUCGUGGACGGAGCUUCUCGGCUGGACAUCUGCCAGGGAAAACUCAGUGACUGCUGGGUCCUCUCUGCCAUAGCUUCUCUGGCUAUGCACCCUCACCUGCUCAAGAAGGUUGUGCCUCUCAACCAGAGCUUCCAGAGCGGCUACAAUGGCAGCUUCACCUUCAAAUUUUGGCAGUACGGGCAGUGGGUGGAGGUGAGGAUCGAUGACCUGCUGCCAACGCAGGGCAACAAGCUGCUCUACCUCAGCUCCCCUGAAAGACACGAGUUCUGGAGCGCUCUGCUGGAAAAAGCCUACGCCAAGCUGAAAGGAGGCUACAGAGCUCUGGAAAUGGGCUUCCCUCACGAGGCCAUGGUGGACAUGACCGGCGGCGUGACCGAGGUUUUUAACCUCCCCUUGGCGUCCAAAAACCUGCCGGAGCUCCUCAGAGACCUGCUGGCCAAAGGAGCGCUCAUUAACUGUGCCAACGGCAAGGGUCCUCUGGAGCAGAGGAACGAGCUGGGGAUCAUGUUCAAACACGCUUACUCGCUCACAGCCGUGGAGAAGGUUAAAUCAUCUUAUGGGUAUGUAGAUUUGGUGCGGAUCCUCAAUCCGUGGGGCAACACGGAGUGGACGGGGCCUUGGAGUGACGUGAACAGCGGAGAGUGGAGGACGGUGAGCCCCGAGGAGCAGGAUCGGCUGGGCAGGGUCAGCCGGGAGGACGGGGAGUUCUGGAUGUCAGUGGUGGACUUCCAGCUGAACUUUGACGCGAUGGAGGUGUGCCACCUGACGCAGGCUCUGGGCGCGCCCGGCUCCGCCGUGCAGCCGUGGAGCUGCGUCAUGCACCACGGGACCUGGAUGCCGGGCAUCACGGCGGGAGGAUCGCCCGCCAGCACGUUGUUUUGGCAGAACCCUCAGUUCCUCCUGGUUCUGUCGGAGGCGGACAACUCCCCCAGAAACAGCCAGAGGACCUGCUCCUUCGUCGUGGCUCUCAUGCAGAAGUACCAGAGACGCAAAGGCAUUAACCUCUACGUUUCCCUGCAUAUAUAUCCGGCCCAUCCUCAGAACACCUACCUGUCAUCCCAGGACCUGCGUAAAGUCUAUCCCAUCUGCUACAACCAGCCCUCCCCCCGCCGGGAGGUGAUUAUCCGCAGCUCGCUUCCUCCGGGCCGCUACAUCAUCAUCCCUUCCACCAUGGAGGCCAAUCAGCAGGGAGAGUUCCUGCUGAGGGUGCUGACGGAGCCGGGGAACGCCGCCACUCCGGCUGACAAACCAAAACCACAGGAUGUGUCGUUAAUAAAAGAGCCGUCGUUUCCUCACCUGGACGCCCUGCCUUCCCUCACAUCCAUCAAACAGCUGUUCUACAAGCACAGCAACAAGCACGGAAUCUGCAGGCCUCUGCACCUCUACCACCUUCUGACUGAGGUCAUAAAGGGAGGAGUGUUGGCAGGAAGUGAGAAGUACCUUUCCAUGGAGCACUGCAAGAGCCUGGUGGUCCUGAUGGACAGCCGAGGCAGCGCUCAGCUCACCUGGAACGUGUUCGAGACUCUGUGGGACAAAAUCAGGAAGUGGACGGACAUCUUCUUGGUCUACGACACGAAUAAAAGUCAUCGCCUGGAGUACAAAGAGGUCGAACCUGCCCUGAAGGCAGCAGGCAUCACGGUGGACAGCUUGGUGAUGCAGCUGGUCGGACUGAGAUACACGGAGCCCGACCUGACCCUCAGCUACCCGGGCUUCCUGUACAUGAUCAUGAAGCUGGAGAGCAUGAUCCACAAAUUUCAGACGUACGACAUGAUGGGACUUGGAACAGUGACCAUCAGCUACAGACAGUUUCUCCACAUGACCAUGUACAGCUGAAGCGGACUCACCUGGAUUCACCUGGAUCCGCUUCGUUCUGUGUUUUUAUUGCUUUUAUUCCUACCAAGUGGAAAAAGUGAGCAGACACUUCCUGGUGUAGUGAUGGAAACAGGAGCCGAUAGGAGCACCGCCACGUCCAGACGGGCUGUUUCACGGCUCUCCACGUCAUGAAAAGCAACAUUCACACCUGGUUCUGUGAUUUUCAGCGUUGAAUGUCACGUUUGGUGCGCGGCAAAAAUAUCUCCCCAAUAAAUGCAUUCUUUACAGAUUUG